GUCACCCUCAUCGAUUUGGGCAUCUACGGUACUGGUGAUGUCAAGGUGCAUCUCGAGGUUAUCUAUGAAGAACUGGUCUUCUACUGUUCCAAAGGAAAAAUUCCACUGCACAUGAUGGGGCUCACCCGGACAUUGGUCGGGUAUGGCAGUUCGGCUGACUACCCAACCGGGAACUGGUUUAAGGGCGCCGACACGGUGUCCUUGUGCAAGUUCUUGCAGCACAAGUUUGCUUCGGUUCUCGUUGCUUGUGCGCCUGAUGAACGACCUUAUGUUCGAAACAUAUUGGCAAUGCUUCGGGCCUGCAACACGUUUAUGUCGACGAUGUACCAUGGAGAUGUAUUUCUGACGGACGACGAGAGGAGAAUCCUCAUUCGCAAUGGACAUGUGGUUACCACCAAAUUUGCCGCUUGCGCUUCCCAUGCUUAUCACACGCUGAACAUCCCGAGAUACAAGUACCAACCAAAGUAUCACUUCUUCGCUGAGGUUGUCUACAAGCUUGAAAGUGACCAGAGG